AUGACCGCGUCCCCCGAAGCUCUCAACACAACGUUCAUAGAGUGUAACAGAAGUAUCCAGGCCCUCCAGGUGAUAGGGGGAGACGUUAACGCCUACAGUAGAGUACUGGCGCCAAAAAUAUUUCGCGCAUUCCCUGAUGAUGUAUGCAGGAGAUGGACCAUUCACGUGAAGAGGGAACAGCUCUCCGAGGGUGAUAUCAUAAAAUUAAUGGAGUUCCUGAGUGUUGAAGUAGAGGGAGCCCUAACUACCCAGAAAAUUUGCGGUGAGUCUUUGAGCGUAUCUAACCUCACUCCGACGGUGGCAACCUUCCACAUCAGCUCGAAAAACCAGAAGAAUAUUCGAAGAAUUAAAGGACCUAUGGAACUCUUCUGUAUCUUUAUCGAGAGCCGCUGUCACUGGGCCCAAGACUGCGAUACUGUCAUCGCUACUUGCAGCCGCAUAGAGAAGCUGAAGGCCGCAAACCGCUGCUUUAUUUGCCUCAAUUGGGGCCACAAAGCCCGCACUUGUAGUAAGAAAGGAAGAGCACUGUGCACAAAUUGCAAGAGAAGCCACCACAGAUCCAUAUGCAACAGCACGGAACACAAUACUGCCCAUUUCUGCCAAGUACCACCCAUCUCAGUCAGCAAUGUAGGAGUUACCUCUUCCAAUUUCAUCUACCUGCAGACCACACGUGUCUGGGUUAGGGGGCCCACAGGUCUAAGCAAACUGACUAGACCCGUACUGGAUGGCAGCAGCCAAUCCAGCUUUAUCACGAAAUCAAUAAGAGGACCUGAAGUUAGAAACAAAAGAAAGUCGACAGCUAGCAGUCAGCUGGGGAUUGGAUAG